CUCACAUUUCUAAUUUUUCAUUUGGUAUUUGGUCUGGUGUUUGGUAAACCCAUAAUCCUUAAGUUGAUCAAUAUUAGAGAAUGAAAUCACAUUUUUAAUUAUGAAAGCUGCAAUUUAUGACAUUUCUGGUGACUUUUGAAACAUCCUAAAUACUAAAACACAAAGUCAUCAGUCAUCAUAAAAGUGACAAGUUUCCAGUAAACAAAAGUUAACGCUAUCUCUAAUAAGAAAAUGUGAUAAAUUUUCGAUUUUGGAACCAAAAUGGUUUCGCUUUUCGAAAACUAUGAACAACAGUAUUCUGUUCUUACAGCAGACAUUACCGCCCAAGUAGGUCUUCUAACAGCUUCAGCUACCAAAGAUCGUCGCCAACUCAUUUCUAAUAUAGAAAAACAUGUGGAAGAAGCUCAAGAAUUGCUGGAGCAAAUGGAGUUGGAAGCAAGGGAAGUUGAACUAUCAAAGAGACAACGAUGUAGAACUAAGUUGGACUGUUUCAGAGCCGAACUGAAGAGGUUAACUUUGGAUUAUAUCAGAGCCAGAUCAGUAAGGCAAGGUGCUUUGCAUGACAGCGCUGAAGAGCUAAAUGAUGUCCGUAUCUCUUCUGAUCAAAAGCAAAGAUUACUUGAUAACUCUGAAAGAAUUGAACGGACUGGAAGAAAAUUGGAAGAAGGAUACAGAAUCAUGGUUGAAACAGAGGAAAUUGGAACACAAGUGCUCAAGAACUUGGGAGAGCAGAGAGAAACUAUCCAAAGGUCAAGGACCAGGCUAAGGGAUGCUGAUGAAGACCUAAAUCGUUCAGGAAGAUUGAUGAACUCGAUGAUAAUGAGGUCCCUCCAACAGAAAGUAGUUUUAUAUGCAGUUUGUGCCUGUUUUUUCAUUGCCAUUUGUCUGGGGAUAUAUCUAGGAGUCAGAAAAACUUAAUUACAAGAGUGAAGCAAAUUAGUUAGUCCAAAAUAAGUAGUUGUAUAUAAAGAAAACAAGAAUAUACCUUACAAUUCAAAGAUGAUAAUAUAUAGGUUUGUGAUAUCACUUUGUAUCUUUCUACAUAAGCCAUAACUUCAACAUACAAAUGUUAUCCAAAGUCUAGUACAAAAAACAGAAAUUA